AUGAUAGAUGACAUGGGAUGGAAUGACAUAGGCUACCAGAGCACCGACAUGCAUGCGGUCACGCCCAACCUGAACAGAAUCGCCGAGAGCGGGGUGAAGCUCUCUCAGUACUACAGCAUGUCCAUCUGUACCCCGGCCCGAGCGGCGCUCAUGACUGGUCGAUACCCUGUUCGCUACGGAUUCCAGUACAAAGUCAUCAAUGUGGGGGCACCGUGGGGUCUGCCUCUCACGGAGAAGCUGUUUCCACAGUUCAUGAACGACGCCGGGUACACGUCUCACAUGGUUGGGAAGUGGCACCUCGGGUCGCACACGUUCGACCACAUGCCCCACCUUAGAGGCUUCGAGACCUACCUCGGCUACACGCAGGGCAGAGAGACCUACUGGACGCACGAGGCCAACUGGCACUACCCUUUUUCGCGACGAGACUACCCGUACCAACAGCCCAACCAGGACGGCGUCUUCUUCGACUUCGGGUUCGGCAACGAAACCGGCUAUUACGACGUGAUGCAGAGGUCACCAGCCCCCCCUGGCGGCCAUGGCGACGACUCCUUUUCUGCGCGCUCCCCCAGCAGUGCAACCUCGUCUUCCGCGUCCUGGUUGCCCUCGACCUCUUCGUUUGAUUGGUCUUCAUCUUCAUCUCCAUCUCCAUCUCCAUCUCCAUCUCCAUCUUUGGAUGAGGUGAAGAGAGACUACUCGUCCAAGAUUUUCACCGACAGGGCGCUGGAGAUUUUGCAAGGAAGGACGCCCUUCGACGACAAGCCUUUGUUCAUGUACCUCGCGCACCAGGCGGUGCACGAGCCCCUGGACACUCCUCCCGCCGAUGCUUUCAGUGCAGACGAGUUGGAGGUGCUGGAUGCCCUCAAAGACUCGUCGGCCUCGCCUCUUCGCAUCGACUUUGCCAAGGUGUUGAUGUAUUUGGACAAGAGCAUUGGGCGCCUGGUGGACUACCUCGAGAGCGAAGGUUGGAUGGACAACUCCAUCAUCGUCGUGGCCAGUGACAACGGGGGCUGUCCCACCGCGGGGGGAAGCAACUUUCCGCUGAGGGGGACCAAAGCCUCCUACUGGGAAGGCGGUACCAAGGUGCCUGCCCUCGUAUACUCUCCCAGCCACAUCCCCAAGGAGCGGCGGGGUGGGCAGUACGACGGCUUGAUGCACGUCACUGAUUGGCUCCCAACCUUAAUGGCGGCCACAGGGAGUGUUGUUGAGAGCCACCGGAACCUGGACGGCGUCAACCACUGGGAGCAUAUCAUCGACGUCGACUCUGCGGGGUGUGGUGCCGAAUGUGGCAGCAGCAGCAGCUACAGUCCCAGGAAUGAGAUGUUGUACAACUUCGACCCGUACUUCAUGGGAGCGGAGACUUACGGACCGCUCCCCGAUCCCGAUUUUUCCCAAGCUCAAGGUGCUUUCCGGCAGGGGAAAUGGAAAUUCCUCUUCAAAGUGUGCUGUUUGGGCCACUAUGCCCCCGAGACCGACGUUUCGUUCGCGAACAAGAUGGUGUCCGAGAGCGGGACGUGCCGUCAUCACGCUCAUGACAAUGAGCAGUCAGCGGACGCAACCAUGCCAAGAGAUGCCCCAGACUGUUACGAGUAUGGGUGCGUGGACAUCUGCGUGGACACGGCCGAUUGCAAGGACUGGCUGUUCGACUUGGAAAAUGACCCCACUGAAGAGCACGACCUUGCGGACACUUACCCAGAGGUUGUACAAAACUUGCGCGACCGCAUGUUCUCGGUGGUGGGUCAGGAAUAUUCGGACUCGCUGUGGGCUCCCCAAGAUAUGACCGCUUACCGCAUCUGGGAGAGUCACAACUAUUGGGUGGUGCCGUGGUUGGAACCAGGACUGCGGUACCGGGUCGAACAGGGAGCGGUCGCGUAAAUGGCCUCUGGCCUUUUGGUGUGGUGAUGUGAGAUGUUAUUUCGGAAGCUGCGAGAGACGGAAUAAGCUGUGGUUGUGUGCUGUUGAUAGUCGGUGGUAGUCAAGAAGUUGUGGUAUCACGCGUGUUGUACCUGCCGUGAUCUAGAACUAGAGGCGACGGAUGAUUGCCGAAAUUCUGCUUGAGAUCGCCUCCCCC